AACAAUGAUCGUUUCUAAUUAGAAACGAUACUGUUACAAUCGAAUAUUUUUAUGAGAAUCACUGUAAUCUGUUUAUGAGACGUAGUACCGCUUUAUCGCAUGCUGUACUGACACAGUUUACUGCGAUUUCGUCGUUUUUGACUCGGACAUUCACAUUUAUAUUACAUCUGAAUUUUCACAAAUAUCUUCUAACAACAUGAAUAUAUUUCCCCAAAUAUUUUUCCAUGGCACACAUGUAAAUAUCUAACAUGGAAAAGAUAACGCACUUGUGGAAUGUGAAUCAGUUUAUUACAAAAUUGAAUUGCCCUCAAAGCAUAAACUUACAAACAUAUUACAUACAAAAAUGUCGACGACUGAGCCAAGGAAUAGAAUUGCCAACGCAGAAUUUUGGUUCUUCGGUGAUGUGCCCUUAUUGUGGAUCACUUUGGAAUACAGUGGAUCAUAGCAUUAGGAUAUUAAGAGGCAAACCACUUUCUAAGUCCAUUAGAAAGAUUGUAUCUUCCAUGAACAACAACGACAAGAGUAUACCUAAAGUUCGUAGAAGUUUAGUACAGAAAUGUUUAAAAAAUAAGAUGAAUAGAUUACUGCUCAGAUGUUCGGUUUGUUCAAGCAAUACUAAGAUACCUUUUACUAAGCCACAAAGAGAAAAAACACAAAAAUCUAGGACAGAAAGUAUUCAGGUAUCGCAGAAACGUAAGAAGAGAAGGACAAAGGAUAAGACUGCCGGUUUAAACAUUUCUGGAAUUUUAAACGUAAAUGCAGAAAAGACUGUGGAAAAACCAAAAGAAACAACUACAAAGAAAAUAGGAGGCACUACAAACUUUAUUACACCAAUUCGGAAAAUAAAAAAAUUAAAUAUAAACAGAUUAAAAGCUGUUGUGACUCAAGGAGCAACACCUCCCAAAAGAAGAAGUCUGCACAAUUUCUUAACAGAACUCUGCUGACAAUCGGUUUAUU